AUGUCUACCGAAGGAGCCAUCAUUGACGGGACGGCGCUUGCCGGCUCGAUCCGCGAAUCGGUUGCGGAGCGUGUGCGCCAGCUAAAGCAGACGCACCCCGGCGUCGUGCCGAACCUGUGCAUCAUCCAGGAAGGCGGGCAAAGUGCGUCUUCGACGUAUAUCCGCAUGAAGCGCCAAGCAGCCGAGCAGUGCGGCAUCCAUACUACACACAUCCAGCUCCCCGACAACACAGACGAAGCCACCAUCCUCGCCCACGUCAAGCGCUGUAACGACGAUUCCAGCGUAGACGGCGUACUUGUGCAGCUUCCACUUGGCAAAAAAAUUGACUCCGAGGCAGAGCGGCGCAUCACCGAAUGCAUCGACCCGUGCAAAGACGUGGAUGGAUUCCACACCCUCAAUAUUGGAAAGCUCUCGUCGAAAGCGUCGAAUCCCUAUUUUUAUCCCUGCACGCCUGCCGGUGUGCUGAAGCUGCUAGAGAAAGUGGGACUUGCUGACUUUUCCGGGCUGCACGCUGUCGUGAUGGGCCGCAGCGACAUUGUGGGCAACCCCAUGGCGAGUAUGCUCCGCAAACGCAAUGCCACCGUUACGCAGAUCCAUUCCAAGACGCGCGACGUGCCCGCAAUCCUGAAAACAGCUGAUGUGGUUGUCGCUGCGAUCGGAAUUGCCAACUUUGUGCAAGGCGCGUGGCUCAAGCCUGGCUGUGUCGUGAUCGAUGUUGGAACAAACUACGUAGCCGACGGCUCGAAAAAGUCCGGCCAGCGCCUUGUGGGCGACCUGGACAUGGCGUCUGCGCUCCCAGUCGUCAAAGCGGUCACUCCCGUUCCCGGCGGCGUCGGCCCCAUGACCGUGGCGAUGCUUAUGGAGAACGUCUUAAUUGCCGCACAGCGCCGCGCCGAGCAUCUUGGCAAGCAUCCGCGCGGCACCGUCAAGCCAAAUCCACUGCAUUUCCAGCGCCCCGUCCCGACUGAUAUCGAGGUUGCGCGCGCACAGACACCGAAAAAGAUCGGCGAUCUGAGUGCUGAGAUCGGUCUGCUUCCGUCGGAAGUCGAGCCGUACGGCGAUGCAAAAGCGAAGGUGAGCCUCAGCGUGCUCGAGCGACUUGCGCACCGCACCAACGGGAAGUACGUAGUCGUUGCUGGUAUUACGCCGACGCCGCUGGGCGAAGGCAAGUCGACUACGACGAUUGGCCUCGCCCAGGCGCUCGGCGCACACCUCGGCAAGCCUGCAUUUGCAUGCGUGCGCCAGCCGUCGCAAGGUCCUACGUUUGGCAUCAAGGGCGGCGCUGCGGGCGGGGGCUACUCGCAAGUGAUCCCCAUGGAGGAGUUCAACCUGCACCUCACUGGCGACAACCACGCGGUGCUCGCUGCGAACAAUCUGCUCGCCGCAGCCAUUGAUACACGCAUGUUUCACGAAGCGACGCAAAAAGACGCAGCCCUGUUUGACCGUCUGUGCCCAGCCAAGAAAGGCGUGCGCACGUUCGCCCCGGUGAUGCUGAAGCGCCUGCGCAAGCUCGGCAUCGACAAGAGAGAGCCAGACGCAUUGACGGACGAGGAAAAAGCGCGAUUUGCGCGCUUGGACAUCGAUCCCGACUCGGUCACUUGGCGCCGCGUCGUCGAUACCAACGACCGCUACCUGCGCGAGAUCACGAUCGGCGAAGCGCCCACCGAGAAAGGCAUGACACGCAAGACGGGCUUUGACAUUGCCGUUGCAUCCGAAUGCAUGGCUGUGCUUGCGCUUAGUCGCGACCUGAAAGACAUGCGGCGCCGUCUGGGCGACAUGGUGAUUGGCUCCAACAAGGCCGGCGAGCCCAUCACCGCGGACGAUAUUGGCGCCGGCGGCGCCUUGGCUGUGCUGAUGCGUGAUGCAAUUAAGCCGAAUCUGAUGCAAACGCUCGAGGGCACACCUGUGUUUGUCCAUGCUGGUCCUUUUGCCAACAUUGCACACGGCAACUCGUCCAUCCUUGCCGACGCCAUUGCGUUAAAACUCGCGGGGCGCGAGUCUGGCGAGCCGAGCGAGCGGAAUGGGUACGUGAUCACCGAGGCUGGUUUUGGCGCCGACAUUGGCAUGGAAAAGUUUUGCAACAUCAAGUGCCGCGAAAGUGGGCUUGUGCCCGACGCGGUUGUGCUUGUCGCCACGGUCCGUGCGCUGAAAUCGCACGGCGGCGGACCCGACGUGUCGCCCGGGAAGCCGCUCAGCGAGGUGUACACGCAGGAGAAUCUGGACAUCGUGGACAAGGGGUGUGCAAACCUGGUCAAGCAUAUUGAAAAUGCCAAAAUGCACGGGCUCAAGGUGGUGGUUGCCGUGAAUCAAUUUGCGACGGAUACGCAGGCGGAGAUUGACCUUGUUGUUGCGCGUGCGUUGGCUGCCGGUGCAGAUGCUGCUGUGCCUUCGGACCACUGGGCGAACGGCGGCGCUGGCGCCGUGGCGCUGGCCAACGCUGUGAUUGAGCAGCUGCAAGACGCUCUUUCGGAUUUCCGCUUUCUCUACCGUCUCGACCAGCCCAUUGAGGCGAAGAUCGAGACAAUUGCCAAGGCCAUGUACGGUGCGGACGGAAUCGAGGUGCUCCCUGAAGCGCGUGCACAGAUCGACAUCUUUACCCGCCAAGGCUACCACCACCUGCCGAUCUGCAUGGCCAAGACGCACCUUUCGCUUUCGCACGACCCCUCCUUGAAAGGCGUGCCCGCCAACUUUACCGUCCCGAUCCGCUCCGUACGCCUUUCUGCGGGCGCAGGAUUUUUGUACCCUCUGUGCGGUGCGAUGCAGACCAUGCCCGGCCUCAACACCAGGCCCGGCUACUACGACAUUGACCUCGACGACGACGGCCAUGUGCGCGGACUUUUUUAG